UAGAUCCACAAUAGCAGAAAGACGUAGCCAUCUAACAGUAUAAUUAUAAACUUCGUCAACAUGAAUGAAUGAUGCAAAAUAGCUGCUUCAUAAAAUAUGUGCAGUGUCAAUUAUUUCGAAGUGCUAUAUGUAUGUUUGUGGUGUACUGUGUGAACAGCUGAAGAUUGCUCCACAGUAAAAAGGAAACGAGACAAUAUUGAAAAGAACAUAUCUUCCGCUGAUCGGUCGAAACACCGAACACUCGCGUCUAUCGUAUUCGUUUAUUUUUUAUUUUUUUUUUAAUUUAAGAAACAAUGUUUCGUGAAGGACAUUAUUUGGAAAUGAUCAAGGUUUCAGAAAGUUGUUUGGCCACAGCAAUUAUAACAAUCAAAGAGAAAACUGUUGAAUACAAAAAGAAGAAAAUUACUACCAAUAAAUGGCUAGAUUUGCAGGACUGGACUUCCUUGUACAGUUUAAUACGAAAAGCCAUUAUACGCAAUCACGAGAGCAAGUCUCGAGGUAGAAUUGACUCGACGGAACAUAGAAAAUCCACUGGUCACUUAGAAGUCAAGUAUAAAUUCGAAACGACAGAUUUCCCAGAAAACGAAAAUUCAUUGCCGACAAUAAAAGUAAGCGUCACUCCAGCUAGGAAAAGUAAAAAAAGCUCGAGUGACAGUAAAACAAAAUGUGAGAGCGUUGAGAUAAAGAAAAAGGAAACAACGCUCUCGGAACGCGAAAACGAUAGAGCUUCGAUAAUUCAACAAUUAAGCGAAAACGACAGUUUUCUUCUAGAUAAUUAUUCCCUGGAGGAAUACGUGCCACCGGAACUCCCGAGCGCGACAAAAGUCAGCGCGAAUCUGGACUAUGUGCCAAGUAGAAAAAGUAUGUUGCUUAGAAUGCGGGCUGUUGAGGAUUCAAACAAAUACACGCCGACAAACAGAAGCAGAUCGUCGUCGGGAGCAAACGUUCACAAUUCUGAAGUCAAUUAUAUUCCAAAUUCAAUUAAAUCGUUGGGAAAAGUCGUUCACGAAAGUUACGACCCUUGCGCAGCUUCGAAUUUAUCCACGGACCUCAGCGAAGCUUAUGUGCCUAGCUCGAAAGGCGUCAAAACCAAAAUCGAAGAAUAUCAGCCAGAUUUUGCCAGCAAAACGAUGAAAUUUGACGACAGUUACGUCCCAUCCGCCACAAGCUCGGCUAAAAAAAAAGAAUCGAAAAAAAGGCACCACAAAAGUCACGACUCAAAAAGCAAAAAACCAUCGACGAGUCGUUCGGUUAUUUCAAAAAUCGCAAAACGCGAACUCUGACGAAUCUCGUCAUUCAGAUUCGUCUAUAAUAUUUGUCUGUCGUCUUACUAUCUGAUGAUUUGCGAGAAUCUCGAUAACUAAAUGUCGCAAGCCAUUUCUACUGACGUACGAGAGAAAGGAGAAAAUUCCUUUUUAGUUGAACUCUUUUCAUACUCGAAUUUUUCUGUGCAAUCAGUUCCUUUGAUAUCAAUAAUUAGAAAAAUUGCGCUCGUUUUGGAGUUUUGUAUGCAGGUGUUUUGAAAUUGCUGAUUACGAACCCGACAUCCAAGCUUGGACUCAAUACGGAAAUCUUUGAUUCGUGUUUCAACGACAUAGGAGUAUUAUCAAUAUGCAAAAACGUUUGUAACGAGACGUUCACAAUCGGCCGUUUUUUGUUUUUUUGAAUCAAACAUUUGCAUCGGGGGUCCUAUGAAAAUUUAUUUCGUGCAUGAAUAUCCAAAGAAUAGAAUUUCAGAACUGAGAAUCUGGUAGAAAAAGUUUAUAAGAUCGUGCGUCGAAAGAUUGAAAAAAAAGAAAAAAAUAUUUUGUACUUUUCUUUUUACAUUCUGCUCUGUAAUGUAACAAAAUUUUGUUUCAGUACUUCCGGCUAUUUUCAUCUCGCACAUUCUAGAGGAAUAUCAAUUUGUAAAUAACGAAUUUUCGCAUUGCACGAGGAACACGAAAAUCAUUGUCAUAUUUUAUUGUGUAUAAAGUAUUCUUUUAAAAUACAAAACGCGCAAUUAUUUUUUACUAUCUUAA